GGAGAGCCAACGCCAUGAAGCUGUACAGCCUUAGCGUACUUUACAAAGGCGAGCCCAAGGCGGUGCUGCUGAAAGCUGCGUACGACGUGUCCUCUUUCAGUUUCUUCCAAAGGUCCAGUGUUCAGGAAUUCAUGACCUUUACAAGUCAGCUGAUUGUGGAACGUUCAGUGAAAGGCAGCAGAGCAUCUGUCAAAGAACAAGAGUACCUGUGUCAUGUCUACAUCCGAAAUGACAGCCUCGCAGGUGUGGCCAUUGCCGACAGUGAAUAUCCUUCCCGAGUGGCUUUUACUUUGUUGGAGAAGGUACUCGAUGAGUUCUCCAAGCAGGUGGACAGGAUAGACUGGCCAGUGGGAUCUCCUGCCACAAUCAAAUACACAGCCUUGGAUGGUCACCUUAGUAAAUACCAGAAUCCCCGGGAAGCUGACCCCAUGACCAAAGUGCAGGCUGAACUAGAUGAGACCAAAAUCAUUCUGCACAACACCAUGGAGUCUUUGUUAGAGCGAGGCGAGAAGCUGGAUGACUUGGUGUCCAAGUCGGAAGUGCUGGGAACUCAGUCUAAAGCCUUCUAUAAGACUGCCCGGAAACAGAAUUCAUGCUGUGCAGUCAUGUGA